CCAAUCAAGAUCUGCAUCCUCGGUCCUCCGGCUGUGGGGAAAUCCAGUAUUGCUGAAGAACUGUCCAAGUACUACAAACUCCAUCACAUUAAACUGAAGGACGUCAUCUCCGAAGCCAUAGCAAAACUGGAGGAGAUUGUCGCACCCAAGGAGAGAGCGGAGGGAGAGGAGGAGGGUGAGGAGGAGCAGGAAGACGAGGACAGGGUGGAAGACGCACAGGAGCUUCUGGACGGCGUCAAGGACAACAUGGAGCAGAGCGCAGGUCGACUAGAAGAUCAAUAUAUCAUUAGAUUUAUGAAAGAGAAGCUAAGAUCAAUGCCUUGCAGGAAUCAAGGUUACGUUUUGGAUGGAUUCCCGAAGACCUAUGAUCAAGCCAAAGACCUGUUCACUCACGAAGAUGAGGAGGAGGAAGAAGAAAUCAGAGGCAAAAUGUUUCCCUUUGAUAAGUUAAUUAUACCUGAAUUUGUGUGUGCUCUGGACGCUUCCGAUGAGUUUCUGAAGGAGCGGGUGAUCAACCUUCCUGAGAGCUUCGUGGCGGGGACCCACUACAGCCAGGACCGAUUCCUCCGGGCUCUGAGCAACUAUCGGGACAUCAAUACCGAAGAUGAGACGGUCCUCAACUAUUUUGACGAAAUCGAAGUCCACCCGAUCCAUAUUGAUGUCGGGAAACUCGAAGAUGCCCAGAAUAGACUUGCCAUCAAACAGCUCAUCAAAGAGAUUGGGGAGCCCCGAAAUUACGGCUUGACGGACGAAGAGAAGGUAGAGGAGGAGCGGAAAGCAGCGGGGGAGCGCCUGGCCAGGGAGGCCGCCGAGGAAGAAGAACGCCAGCGCCACGAGGCCGUGGAGAUGGCAGAGCGGGUGGCUCGCUGGGAGGAGUGGAAUAAACGGCUAGAGGAAGUGAAAAGAGAAGAAAGAGAAUUGCUGGAGGCCCAGUCUAUUCCCCUGAGAAACUAUCUAAUGACCUACGUUAUGCCAACUCUUAUGCAGGGUCUGAAUGAGUGCUGUAAGGUCAGACCGGAGGAUCCCGUUGAUUUUCUGGCAGAAUACCUCUUUAAGAACAAUCCUGAAAUGCAGUGA